AUGAAAGUUACAGAGAGGGAAUUGGUGGAUUACUUGGUCUGCAAGAGCAUUGACCUAAGCAAACUACUUGAUAACCACGCUUCUGUGUCUUUUCAGCUUUUAGUUUGUCUACUGCAUAUACAGCUACAUAUAAACAGAGGAAGAAGCAGUAGAGUUGUAUCAAAUACAUUUUCAAGCCAUCAAUACAAAGAAAAAGAAGUGAAGAGAGAGGGUCGACAACAUGGGAUGGUUAGAAGCUACUUGGUCUUACCAUCACCAUUAAAUCCUACACCCAAGUCCAAAAUAGUCAACCCACUGGAUUCUCGUCCAACCGCCGGAGCAUUCACAAAAGUGUCAAGGAAGCCAACGAAUCAUUCAAAGUUCACAGGUAAAUGUGGUGUAGCGAGGUGCACAGAUUGUCACAUUAACCCGGGGAAUAAGUCGAAAGAUAAGGCCAAAGGAACUCAAAAGCUUAAAUCAUGUAGUGCUGCUAUGAAUCAGCGGUCAUUGGCUUGGAGCGUCGUGGAUGCUAACAAUGGAAAUGGUUUGAAUUAUGAUUCAAAAUCCGCUACGGGUAUUCUGUGUGCUAUUUCUAGCAGUGAAUAUUUUGAUGAUUAUGAUGAUGAUGACGACGAUGACAUUGAGUUUGAAGAAUAUGAGAGCAAUGAGCAGUUGACGUCACUCACAGGGGCAGAACAGUUUCAGGAGAUUGAAUUUGUGCUGGAUUGUCAAGCCGAAGAAGAUGUAGGUUGGUGUGUUUUGUGAACAUUUGUCACGAGUUCAAGAUCUGGACUUUGUUGAUGCACGAGUUCAAGAUCUGGACUUUGUUGAUGCACUGAUGAAAUUCUUCAUCAUUGGGGCAAAAAAAACAGUAGAUCAGUGGUUUAACAUAUUAUUAAUGUAUUUGAUUGUAAUGUUUGAGAAAAUAUAAUAAAGUGGCGUUGUUGCUA